AUGGGUGGUACAAGAGAUAAAAAAGUUCAAUACUUCUCCAAAUUAAGAGAUCUUUUAGAAGAAUACAAAUCAAUCUUCAUUGUUGGUGUUGAUAAUGUUUCUUCACAACAAAUGCAUGAAAUUAGAAAAGCUUUAAGAAAAGAUGCUGUUGUUUUAAUGGGUAAAAACACUAUGGUUAGAAGAGCUUUAAGAGGUUUCUUAUCAGAAUUACCAGAUUAUGAAAAAUUAUUACCAUUUGUUAAAGGUAAUGUUGGUUUUAUUUUCACCAAUUCAGAUUUAAAAACUAUUAGAGAUACUAUCACUGCUAAUGUUGUUGCUGCUCCAGCAAGAGCCGGUGCUGUUGCUCCAGCUGAUGUUUGGAUUCCAGCUGGUAACACUGGUAUGGAACCAGGUAAAACUUCAUUCUUCCAAGCUUUAGGUGUUCCAACCAAAAUUGCUAGAGGUACUAUUGAAAUUGUUUCAGAUGUUAAAGUUGUUGAAAAAGAUGCCAAAGUUGGUCCUUCUGAAGCUACUUUAUUAAAUAUGUUAAACAUUUCUCCAUUCACUUAUGGUAUGACUGUUGUUCAAGUUUAUGAUAAUGGUCAAGUUUUCCCAUCAUCUAUCUUGGAUAUUACUGAUGAUGAAUUAAUUAAACAUUUCGUUAGUGCCAUUAACACAAUUGCUUCAAUUUCAUUAGCUAUUGGUUAUCCAACAUUACCAUCAAUUGGUCAUACAUUAAUCAAUAACUAUAAAAACGUUUUAGCUUUAUCUAUUGCUACUGAUUAUACUUUUGAAGGUUCAGAAGCUAUUAAAGAUAGAUUAGCUAACCCAGAAGCUUAUGCUGCUGCUGCUCCUGCUGCUUCAAGUGGUGGUGCUGCUGCUGAAGAAGAAGCUCCAGCUGCUGCUGAAGAAGAAGAUGAAGAACAAUCUGAUGAAGAUAUGGGUUUCGGUUUAUUCGAUUAA